GGGCGCGCAGCCUAUGACGUUUCGCUGGCAGGGAGCGCGCAAGCCAUCCAGGCGCAGAUGGACUAAGCCGACGCCCUAAAACGUCGGCGAGCCAAGUUCAUGGCUGCAUUUGAACCGUGGCUCGAGCACAUGUCGACUCCCCGCAUGCAGCGCGGUGACCCCCUUGACCCGUCCAUCCCCUCGCGUGACGAUGGCUCCACGGUCCUCUCUGGAGCUCCAGCUCCGACAUACGCCUCAUUCUCCCCCGCGACUCUCAGCUCGACCGCCCCGAGUGCCACAUCGGCGGCCAAGAGGAGUACCAUCCUAGUACACCAGAAGUCGCCCCUGCUGCUGGCGACACCACCACAGAUCACGCGCGCGCUCGCAUAUAGCCACCCAUUUCUGCUGCCGCUGAAUAGGCUGGUCGGCCUGCUGACAUGGACGACGAACGAUCCGUGGGAGAGCUUCCUGCUGUUGAUGGCAUUCUGGGCAACAGUGCUAUACGGUGAUGUCGUGGUGCGCCUGGCGGGUCCGUUGGUCCUGGUGCUGGUUCUGAUCGCGGGCAUGUACGGACGGCGCUUCAGUCCGUUGAGCAGCAGCGGAUGGAGCGAGCCGGGACUUGGCACCGCGGACGGCACAGCCGUUGCCACCGAUGCGAAGAGUACCAAGGCUGCCCGAAGGACUAAGAAUCUGUCGGUCGACGGGCUGGUGGAGAAGAACGGGAGAGGAGGGAAUGGGAACGCGGGAGGCGGAGGGAAAGGCGGCCACACGAGGAGCCAAUCUUCGACAUCGGAGGCCACAAACACUCGGCACCAGAAGACGCUGGAUGAGAUUGUCGAGACCCUGCGGGAGUUUACAGCGAGGUGCAAUAUCCUGCUCGAGCCACUGCUGGAGCUGACCGACUUCCUCAGCACGCAGCGGACCCCGACGUCAGCAACCACUCGGCCGGCGCUCACGAUGCUGUUUGUUCGCAUCCUGCUCUGCAUCCCGUUCUGGAUCCUCCUCACACUGCCUCCUCUCCGCGUCAUCACCACCCGCCGCGUCAUCCUCAUUCUGGGUACCGUCCUUCUGACAUGGCACUCCCGGGUCGCUCGAGUGACCCGUGUCAUUCUCUGGCGCAGCGCCACUCUCCGACGAGCCCUGAGCCUCGUCACCGGCCUGCAAUUUGAGGGUACAACGAAGCCCUCAUCGGCCGCUUCCGCCGCAGGAGGCGCCGGGACAGCGAAGAGCAGCGCCGCCUCGUCUACCAAGUCCAAAUCCCCAUCCCGCUCGAGCGGCACCACCAUGACGGGGCACGAGUCCGAACUUACCAAGGCCCUCCGUCGCGCCCGCAGUGGCCGUGGAACGGGCGUGCGCUUCACUUUCAUCAUUUACGAGAAUCAGCGGCGGUGGGUUGGCCUGGGCUGGACGACCAGUCUGUUUGCCUACGAGAGGCCCGCGUGGACCGAUGAGCAUAACAAUGCCGUACCUCCCAAAGCGGAGUUUGAGCUCCCAGAGGUAGAGGACGGGAGUAACAUGCGCUGGCAGUGGGCAGAGGGAUCCAGGUGGAGGGUCGACGGUGUGCCUGAUGAGGCGGUCGCAACAGGUGCUGACGAUGAAUCUGAGUGGGAUUAUGAUGGUCCCGGCGGGCGGAUGGGUUGGGUUUAUUACGAUAACAAGUGGCAAAACGGCCGGAGAGGCCAGGACGGUUGGGGUCGCUGGACCCGACGGAGGAAGUGGUACCGUGAUGCCGAACUGGUUGAAGUAGACGAGGAGGCUGAAAGACAGCAAGCCUCGGAAAGCACCUCAGAACAACGCAAAACCCCAGGCCCGGCACCCGCAGCUCCAAGACCGCCAGCGGGCCUCAACCCAACCCCCGCCGUACCAACGGUCGACUUGACCCCGAGCUCUCCAGACGCGUCCAUGUCCCCCCCAUCCUCAAUCCAGGAUCGGCAACGCCCGGCCACUUCCGGGGGAGGAGAUCGAGAAGAAGAGCACGACUCGGCCUCGCUCAUGUCUACAUCGAGCAGGUCAGCGCCCUUCACGCUACGACGCCGCCUCACCGACACGUCACACCGCAGCACCCGCAGCAGAAGGGCGAGUGUUGCUGCGAGCAGCGAGGACGACUCGGCCAUGUUGGGAACCCAGACUAGGAUGGCCGUGCAGGAGGCUGGCGCGGAGGCCGGGAGUUGGGGGGUUGGAGACGAGGUUAGGAUGGGGUUGGAGUAGACGCUGAACAAGUUGCUUGCGGCAAGUACGUGAUGGACACAAGGUUGUUACUAACUUGCUGGAGGGAAAACAGGUAGGAAAGAUGAUGGCGGUGGUGGUGUAUUCUCAUUGGCUAUAAGAGGGCUUUCGGUUAGGGAUUG